AUGGACGAGUCUGCGCUGUUCUUCAAGCUGCUGCCAGACAGAAUGCUUGCGUUCAAAGGUGAGACGUGCAACAGCGGCAAGCAUGCCAAGGACAGGAUUUCAGUUGCUUUUGGAGUGAACAUGAUGGGAACUGAAGAACUUCCACUUCUUGCAAUUCGGAAGUCAGCCAAUCCGAGAUGUUUCAAAGGCGCUCAACUGCCAUCUGGAGUCGUCUACCGCAGCAAUACAAAAGCGUGGACUGCGAAACUUUUUGAGGAGUACAUGCGCCUCAUUGACUGCUGUUUUUCGGCAGCGCACGUUGGGCUGGAUAACCGUGCGGCUCUGAAGUUGGUGUUCCUGCCUCCUAAUACCUCAGCAAUUACCCAGCCCUUGGACCAAGGCGUCAUUCAGGCUGUGAAACAGCUGUACAAAAAGAACCUGCAGAACAGAAUUCUCCAAGCCCUAGAGUGUGGCAAAGUUUUUGCAAUAGGCCUGCUGGGCGCAAGUCACCUGCUGGAAUGCUCGUGGUGGCAGGUUGAAUCGACAGUGCAGAACUACUUCAAGCACACUAGCUUCCAGUGUGUGCCGGUGACGCGGAGGAUGCUAGCGACACCGUCGACCAAGCUUGUGAAACACUGCUUGCUGAAGUGCAGGAGCGGCAGGGUGUUACAGAAGGCAUUUCCUUCACCGACUUUAGACAUAGACAGUGUAGUUCAGACUUCUCCAGACAUGUCUGAUGAAGCCAUCGUUGCCUCUGUUAUGGUAGAAGUGUUGCCCAACUAUAGUAAUGAGGACGACACGAAAAGCGACAGCACAGGCUAUUCAGGCCUGAAAGUGGCAAAAGCUGCACCAGCAUGCUUCGUGCAGCGGCAGCGCUUCGCAUUUACAUUUUAUUGA